AAAAGGCUAUCUCGCUGGGCAUACGACUUUUAAGGCCCCGUACAAGAUAUGAUCUAUUCCUGUAUCCCUUCUUGCUUGAUGUCGCCGUACUAGUAAACUUGACCUUAUCCAAAUGAGUUUCCUAAGUUAUACCUGCUCUCGACUGGCUAACAACCUUCCCUGUACCCACCAUCUAUGUAUACUCUGGUAUAGCAGUCAAUUAGCUACUUGCGUGCCAGAGGGCACCCGUUGCAAACCGAACAAGUGGCCUGCCGUAAAUACACUGGCGUCCGCUAGCGUCUGGAGUAGCUCAUAACACCGUAGAGGUAGAAAUGAGGCAUCUGUGAACGCUGGGUGCACAUUCU